AUGUUUGUCCUACCACCACCGCCUCGGUACCCUAUCACCCAAACCACUGCAAGCCCCAGUGGACAGACCAAUGGACAGACUGUGCUGGAAAUGAGCAAUGUCCUUACCCAUCCCAGUGGUCCCGAGUUUCAGCUGUCCGUCGGAGAAGGCACAUACAUCCUCCAGGACAACCUGCACCUCGCAACACCCCCACCCCAUCCCCAAGACGCCCCCACGGUCAACCCCAAUCCUCUUGCUACAGCACCUAUACCGCCAAAAGCAGGCAUCAAACUCACAAUCUGUAUCACAAACCCUCGGAAAUCGUCACUGCAGCUCUAUAGAGUCAAUACAUCUACGAGCACUGGGUCGAAUUUGGGAACAUACAGUAUCAAGGAGAGCGAAAAUGAGUCGAGGAGCUCGAAUGAAACAAAUAGCAAUGGUGCGAUGACACAGCUGCCGUCUAGCAAUGCUUCAGGCCGGACUCCGGUGUUUGGUGAAGAUAAUAUUCUUUUGACUCCGGUUGCUGGGAAAGAAGGUGUGAAGAGAAAGAAACCGAAGACAAAUCUAGUGAAAAGUAACUCGCAGUUUAUAUCGAGGGUCAUACCACAUGAUUCGCUGAAUAAACGUUUGCAAGAACAUAAUCCAGAGGGCAUGUUUGUGUUUGCGAACAUAGAUAGGGCAUAUCAAUGGCUUGAUCUCUCAUCCCCUACCCCUGCUAGGGCACAACCCCUUAUGAAGAUCCUUUUUGCCAAAGCUCAUAUGCUAUGCCAUGACAUCAAUUCGCUCACCAAAGGUCCUAACCACAUCGAUGUUAUAAUGGGCGCCUCGACUGGAGAUAUUGUAUGGUUCGAAGCGUACUCUCAGAAGUACGUCCGCGUGAAUAAAAAUAACAUCAUCAGCACAUCAGCAGUAUCACAGAUUCGAUGGCUUCCCGGCUCCGAAAACCUCUUCCUCGCUGCUCAUAUGGACGGCAGCUUGAUAGUCUAUGACAAAGAGCGCGACGAUGCCGCUUUCAUUCCAGAAUCCAACGGCGCUCCAACUCUUUCUCACAACCCAUUUGAUCCUGACCUAAAACCCCUCCACAUCAAUAAGUCCGUCAAUUCGAAAAACCAAAAGGCAAACCCUGUUGCCUCAUGGAAGAUCUCUAACCACCGCAUCACGGACUUUGGCUUUUCACCUGACAGCCGCCACCUUGCUGUCGUCUCGGAAGACGGCUCUUUGCGCAUCAUCAAUUACCUCAAAGAACAGCUUACAGAUCUCUACCCCUCCUACUACGGCGCCUUCAACUGCGUCUGUUGGUCUCCCAACGGCAAAUACAUCCUAACGGGCGGCCAGGACGAUCUGGUCUCGAUCUGGUCCCUCGCCGAACGUCGCAUCGUUGCCCGCUGCCCCGGUCACCAUAGCUGGGUUACCGCUGUCGCUUUCGACCCGCGGCGCUGCGAUAAUGGUAACUACCGUUUCGGCAGCGUAGGCGAAGACCGCAGACUACUAUUGUGGGAUUUCAACGUUGGCAUGCUGAGACGGCCGAAGGCAGCAUCCAUACGCAACAGGGCGAGUAUCUCGUCGAAUAUUCCUGUUGGACGUAACCGUACGGAGAGCCAAGCUACGAAUCGAUUUAGAUCAAAUUCGAGUUUAGAUGACGAUGGUGUGGAUGCAGAUGAGUUUGUUGAGCAUGAGGUGGAGAGCAGGACGGUGACCGCGGAGCUGCCGCCUGUGAUGUCAAAGGCCAUUGAUGAACAUCCUUUGAGUUGGGUUGGGUUUGAGGAGGAGUGUAUUAUUACUGCGUGUGUGGAGGGACAUGUGAGGGUCUGGAAACGACCUCAGGAUUGCCUGAGUCCUUGA